AUGGCGCUGAGAGAUCACGAUUAUGUUAUUCCAGCUAACCACAAUGAAGAAGAAGUUGGUGUUCCGGAUAUAGCAGUCAUUUUACAAGAUCAUGACUAUAUUCAACAAAUGCCCUUAGUUGAGAUUGGGCCCCAUCAUGAGGAAGAAGAUGGAGAAGCACAUGAAGUUGACAUGAGAGAAGAAGAAGAUGAAAUACCUGGAGAAGCACAAGAACAGGAAGUACCCGUUGAAGGAGAUGAAGAACCCCUUGUAGAAGAAGAUAUUGCUGUAGUUGCAGAUGUCAUAGUUGGAGGAGUACCGCCAGAAACAUAUAGAACACUUCCCGGCAUUCGUCGUAACUCAACGAUCUACGUAGACAAUUUAAAAUAUAAAUAUUACAAACGCGAAAUUUUAGUUAACACCAUUUCACUAGUUUGUGAGAGGCAAAAAAAUCGAAGACAUCCCAUGUGUUAUGGUACGGCAUCAGUAAAUAGAGAUAUUAUGGACAACAGACUUUCACUUAUUAAUCCUCAUAAUCAUCGGGCCGACGAUAUAGACUUUCAUGUUCCAUACUUAAGAGAAGCAAUCGGUAAUAAAGGACUUGACCCAACAAAUACAACAGCAUCUGUAAGAACCAUUUACAACAAUGAAAUUAUCCAACAUGCAGAGGCCGCUCGUAAUUAUACACAUCUACAAGCUGUCAGAAGAGUAGGUGCGAUGAGAAGUUUGCAACGGCCAGCAAUACCACAAGACAUGCAUACACUUGCCGAAACAUUGAAUAAUCCACAAUAUCCUGCCUACUCUCAAACAUUGCAAGUACCACCUACAAGAUUUUUCCAGCAAGAGGUAGUCAUCAAUGGAAGAAGUGUAGGAGUUGUAUUUGCAAACAGGGUUGCAAUAGAACUGUACAGAGAAGAUUUGAACACUGUGACUAUGGUUGGAAUUGAUGAAACCUUUAAAACUGUACCUAGUCACCCAACAGACUUGAAAUGUCUACUAACAUUUCAAAUAGUAUUUAAUAGUGUUGCAUUUCCUAUGGUUUAUGUACUUUUGGGUAGUAUGAAUGAAGAGACGUAUUGUGGUGUACUAACAAUUAUUAGAGACAUUUUACCUUUGGAUUACGACAGAAUUCGGUUUGUGACUGACUAUGAAAGAGCACUGAUGAAUGCAGUUGGACACAUUUUUCCAACAAGCAGAUUGGUUUGUUGUUGGUUCCAUUACACCCAAUCUAUUGUACGAUACUGCCAUCGAAAACUGAAUAAUAUACUAAAUUUAAUCCAAACGCAUGAAGAAGCAGCUAGGAUUUUUAGAAUGGUCUUAGCUCUUCCUCACUUGCCUGCCACGAGGAACAAUCCACUGUGUCCAAAUGUAUGUGUAUUAGAUGGAUACAAUGCCAUUGUUCGGUAUGCCAGACAGUUUCCUGAAAUCCAAAUUAUUAUCGAACACUUUUUAAAUAAUUACAUCCGCGGUUUUUGGAUUGAACAAAUUGGGCCAGAAAAAUUUAGUGUCUUUAGAGAAGAUCACAGGACAAAUAAUUAUUUAGAAUCGUUCCAUUCUACUUUACUGAAACAAAUGGGUGCCCACCCUAACAUUUGGGAUUUCCUACAAAGGCUGGUUAUAAUUGAAAACCAAUUUUUUGUAGAAUUUGGACAACAUCAAAGACACCUACAAAUCAGAGAUAUGCGAUCAAGAGCAGGAAGAGAAAAUACAACCAGAAUCAUCCGAGAAAAUGUUCAGCAACUCAAUAGAGAUAAUGACAUUUUGGUAUUUUUAAGGAGAACUGGACAUCAAAAUGAUGGUUAUGUUGUUGGUCAAAUUGGACCAUAUCCUUAA